AUGGUUUUCUAUAACGCCCUUCGUAACAUCUUGUACAAGAGAAACUCUGUGUUUGUCGCCACUGUUUUCACUGGUGCUUUCGUUUUCCAAGCCUCAUUCGAUGUUGGUGUCACCAAAUGGUAUGAAUACCACAACAGAGGUAAAUUGUGGAAGGACAUCAAGCCAAGAAUCUUAGCUGGCGGUGAUGGUGCUGAAGAUGAAGACGAAGAAGACGACGAAUAA